CUUGGUCCCUGACCCUGUCUCUGCAUCCCUCUGUCUCCACACAGCACCCCUCCCUCGCCUAGCUGCGCGCACAAAUAUAUGCUCGCCCAUCUUUGUGGACGACUUGCUUGUCAACACUAAGCCCUUAGGAUCAUAUACAGCGUAAGCCUUGGCCAUGUGAGAGAUGACUAGCUCGCCGAUGCAGAGCUCAACCUCGGCUCGGGGAACGGACUCACGCAAGUCUUCCGAUGACAGCCCUCCCACAUAUCCGAACGCAUAUCUUUUACCAGCACCGUCACCUCCUUCGCGCACCAAGCACUUGUCGAUGUCGCUCAAGGCAGCUCUCGAGCAGGCCGAAAAGCCGAUGGCUCCCGCUCCGCAGCGCAGUGACGCGCGCGCCUCCGCUCCUGGACGGAGUCUCUCCUUACAUCGUAAAGAUCGUCUAUCACCUAGAGAUGGCGCAGCGAUCCAUACCGCAAGACAGACACCUAGAGCUAAGCUCCAGAAGCCGCUGCCGAUGAGGACGUUGAUGCACUCGCCUUUGCUCUCCCUCACCGCUCAGCCGAAGACUUGUCAGACGCAGUCCGAAAAGCUGGCACCCACUGCUACUGUGCCGAUCACAUCCAUGUUCUCUGGAGGCGGCGUCACAGCACCACGUGUGCAAGGCGGCAACAGUUUUUCGCCUCGUAUGGAAGAAGAGCAAGAUACUAUUUCUUGUCACGUUGGUAUCAAGCGACCCCUGGAGAUGGACAACGAUCUGCUCGAACGUCAAGAAGAGAAGAAGCAAGUUUCUUCAGUUGCUCGACGCGCUCCUUCGACUUUUUGUCGAGUCGCAACUCCCACAAGUACGCAUUCAGCCCCUCGCCUAGCAUUUAAAGCCUCAUCUCAGGCCUCGAGAACGCCAUCUCGGCCUUCGUGCAGUCCUUCCAGCGUGUUGCAAGGGAGCAAGAGUGAGCCCCGCGCGCACAGAACUUCGUCGACCACUUCGCCGCUGCAAGAGCGUGGUCAGCUUCGAAAUCUUACUUACUAUCCGCCACAUGCCUCAAGCACCUUGGAGCUUACUGAGGCAGACGUAGCCAAGCGCUUGGACUUUACAUCUUGCCCGACCACCAACAACCGAACAGAAAAACGCGCGGCCCGACUGGAUGUCGACUUGGACACGCAGAGCAGCGACAGAUGGAGAGCGAUUCCUACCUCUACCGGAAAGGUUCUGGCGGAAAAGCCUCUCUGCGGCUCUGCCGGUCUAGCCGGUCUAGCCGAGCAAGCGCUGCUCAGAGCAUCCAACCGCAUUGGCAGCACGCCUACGCAAAGUGCACAAUUCACUAAAGGUCGCCAGGAAGCCGUCGCAGAUUCAGGAAAGCACGUCCGAUCCAAGAGCGCUAUUCGCAUGGGAAGGUGAGUCGCUGUAGAGCGUUCCGUCUCAUUGUGGGGGCCAUGGUUUGUCUGUCUAGCUAUGCUUAUUUGGCGCAUCGUCGCUGUAGCACGCCUAUCAGGGGCUGUCCCGACCCUCCGCCGUCGGCAAUGGAAGCCGCCACCCGUAUCAUCACAUCGUCACUUGAUGCGUAUGCCUCAACGGAGCCCACAGCCAUGCAGUGCAUCCAGUUCAAUGACGGCGAAAUGCGUGAGUCAUCUGACUAUCAAUGGAUGCGGUAACGUGGCUUGCGCUUAC